CGAGAAGCUGUGCCAGGCACCUCGGGGACCAAGAUGACUAAGGCUCAGUCCCUACCCUCCAGGACAAAGACCAGUGUCAAGGAGGGCCCUGGCUUGGGAUGAGCAUAACCAGAAGCCAGUGGGAGAGCCUGUGGGCCUGUGAGGCUUGAAUGAGGGAAACAGAGGCAGUGGCCAUUUGUUCUGGAAGGGCUGGGAGACCAGGAGGCAGAGGAGGCAUCAGGCACAGACAACCCAGCAUGCUAGGAGCAGGGAAGCCUAAGCGUGGAGCAGCAAGAACGUGGUCAUCCAGGCUCCGAACCAAAUCUUUGCCGGAAUUGUAGGACACUUACCUUUGCUUUGGAAAUCUGACCUCUCUUGUGUUUUUACUGGGUGACUUUGGGAGCCCAGGAGCAGCGCGCAGAGCCCACAGACUGGAGGCCGAGUAUCAGCACCCUGGGUGCAGGCCUCCCCAGCCUGCAGGGCCAGAGGAGAAGCCCAACAUGGGGGAGACCCUCAACCCAGAGGAGACCGUGGGGUCUGGGCCCAGGACGGUCAGCAGGCGGUACCUGAGCUCCCUGAAGAACAAGCUGUCCAGCGGGGCCUGGAGGAAAUCUUGCCAGCCCGGGACCAGCCCCGGGCCAGGGACGCAGGAGCCUGAGGAGAAGAGGAUCGUCCAGGAGCUGCUGGAGACGGAGCAGGCCUAUGUGGCACGCCUCCACCUGCUAGACCAGGUGUUCUUCCAGGAGCUGCUGAGAGAGGCCCGCAGCAGCAAGGCCUUCCCGGAGGACGUGGUCAGGCUCAUCUUCUCCAACAUCUCCUCCAUCUACCUGUUCCACGUGCAGUUCUUCCUCCCAGAGCUGCAGCGGCGGCUGGACGACUGGUCGGCCACCCCCCGUAUCGGUGAUGUGAUCCAAAAACUGGCCCCCUUCCUGAAGAUGUACAGUGAGUAUGUCAAGAACUUUCAGCGAGCCGCUGAGCUCCUGGCCACCUGGACGGACAAGUCUCCACCCUUCCAGGAGGUUAUCACCCGCAUUCAGAGCAGCGAGGCCUCGGGCAGCCUGACCCUGCAGCACCACAUGCUGGAGCCUGUCCAGAGAAUUCCACGCUACGAGCUGCUGCUCAAGGAGUACGUCCAGAAGCUGCCAGCGGAGGCCGCAGACCGGGCUGAUGCCCAGAAAGCCCUCGACAUGAUCUUCUCGGCGGCGCAGCACUCCAACGCAGCCAUCACUGAGAUGGAGCGGCUGCAGGAGCUGUGGGAGGUGUACCAGCGCCUGGGCCUCGAGGAUGACAUAGUAGACCCCUCCAACACUCUGCUCCGUGAGGGCCCCGUUUUCAAGAUCUCCUUCCGCCGCAGCGACCCCAUGGAGCGCUACCUUUUCUUGUUCAACAACAUGCUGCUCUACUGUGUGCCCAGGGUCAUCCAGGUGGGCGCCCACUUCCAGGUGAGGACCCGCAUCGACGUGGCCGGGAUGAAGGUGCGGGAGCUGACUGAUGCCGAGUUUCCCCACUCCUUCCUGGUGUCCGGGAAGCAGCGCACCCUGGAGCUGCAAGCCCGGCCUGCCAAGCAGCCAUUGACCAAAUCGAGAAGCGGAAUGAAACCUUCAAGGCUGCCGUCCAGAGCCCUGAGGGAGACACCCAGGAGAGGGAGCAGGGGCCCCAGGGCCUCAGGGAGUGGGCAGAAGAGGUCACUACGUGCCCGCCCUGCUGCCCAACAGCUGCAGUCCGAGGAGCUGGGCCUCCGCGCGCCCCAGUGGAUCCGGGACAAGAUGGUGACCAUGUGCAUGCGCUGCCAGGAGCCCUUCAACGCCCUGACACGCCGCCGCCACCACUGCCGGGCCUGUGGCUACGUGGUCUGUGCCAGGUGCUCCGACUACAGGGCCGAGCUCAAAUACGACGACAACAGGCCCAACCGAGUCUGCUUGGACUGCUACACGUUCCUCACGGGAAACGUGCUCCCUGAGGACAAGGAGGACAAGAGACGGGGCAUCCUGGAGAAAGGGUCCAUGGCGUGGUCCGAGCAGAGCCUAAUGUGCAGCUUCCUGCAGCUUGUCGGGGACAAGUGGGGCAAGAGUGGCCCCCGGGGCUGGUGUGUGAUCCCCCGGGAUGACCCCCUGGUGCUCUAUGUCUAUGCUGCCCCUCAGGACAUGCGGGCUCACACCUCCAUCCCCCUGCUGGGCUACCAGGUGAGCUCUGGGCCCCAGGCGGACCCCCGGGUCUUCCAGCUGCAACAGUCGGGCCAGCUCUACACCUUCAAGGCCGAGACCGAGGAGCUGAGGAGCCGCUGGAUGAAGGCCAUGGAGCGGGCGGCCAGCGGCUGGAGCCCCAGGGGGCCCAACGACGGGGACCUGUCUGACUGAGCCACAGCCGGCCACUCUCCCCCUCAGAGCCUGACUCCUGCCACGGCUGCCCCUGUGGCCUCUGUGACCCAUCACCCCAAGCCGAGCUUUCAAAUAAUCCAUUUCCAGCCAUCUGCGCCCAGACCGUGUGUCCUGAUUGGAGACUCAGAAAACGUGGGUCCAUUCCUUUGGGAAAGGGGUGACCCAGCGUCCUGGUUUGCCUAGAGCUGAAGGGGUUCCUCGGACCUGGGACUUCAGUGCUAAACCAGGCAAGUCCCAGGUAACCCAGGGCUGUUGGUUGCCCCAGUGUGGUUCUCAGCCUGGAUUAUGCAUUAGUAUCACCUGGGGAGAUUAAAAAAUCCUGAUGAAAAAAUAAAUAUAAAAAUAAACUAAAAUUUUAAAAAAUA